UAGGUAGGAAUUCUUGCUCUCUCCCGUAUUAAACUGGUGAAAGCAGCAGCCUGCCUGCCUCGAUUUUUUAUAUGUACACCCCCCGUCGCUCCCUCUGUUGCUCUCUCUCCUUCUUUGUCGCUCCGGCCGCUAUCUCAACUCUACACCUUAGCCUCCACGCGGUAGCAAGACCGGAGUAUAUACAGCUGCACACGCAUGGACGCCGUUUCCUCAGCCCGCGCAUGAACCAGAGACAUGAGCAGCAGGGGUCACAUCAGCAGCUCGGAGCUCAUCGACGCGAAGCUCGAGGAACACCGGAUCUCCACCGCCAGGCACUGCCCCAAUUGCCGCCACAAGCUCGACUGCAAACCAAAGGAUUGGCUGGGGCUGCCGGCUGGCGUCAAGUUCGAUCCCACGGACCAGGAGCUGAUCGAGCACCUAGAAGCCAAGGUGAGGGAAGAAGGGUCGAGAUCUCACCCGCUCAUCGAUGAGUUCAUACCUACGAUAGACGGCGAGGACGGCAUAUGCUACACCCAUCCUGAGAAACUUCCAGGUGUGACAAUGGACGGGCUAAGCAAGCACUUCUUCCACCGGCCAUCCAAAGCCUACACGACGGGGACCCGGAAGCGGCGGAAGAUCCAGACGGAGUGCGACGUACAGAAAGGCGAGACCCGGUGGCACAAGACUGGCAAGACCCGGCCAGUGAUGGCCGGCGGGCGGCAGAAGGGCUGCAAGAAGAUCCUGGUGCUCUACACAAACUUCGGCAAGCACCGCAAGCCCGAGAAGACCAACUGGGUGAUGCACCAGUACCACCUUGGCGACCUCGAGGAGGAGAAGGAAGGAGAGCUCGUGGUGUGCAAGAUCUUCUACCAGACGCAGCCCAGGCAGUGCAGCUGGACCACGGCGACAGGCUCGGGCGUUGCUGCCGCGGCAGCCACGCAUCAGCUGCAGCUGCAGGAGCAGCGUCGGAGGGACAGUACUGGGAGCGGCAGCUCGUCUUCGAGGGACCAUGAGGCGGCGGCGGUGUCGUACCCAGCCGGCGCCGCCGGGUAUGCCGUGGCCGCCGCUGUCGAGAUGCAGCAUUUGAAGCAGGCGGCUGCCGGCGGGGACCAUUUCAGCUUCGCGCCUUUCAGGAAGAGCUUUGAGGAGGUUGGUGGCAUAGGUGGUGAUCAGGUGCCAUCCGAUCAUCAGCUUGGAAGAUCAGAGCCGCACCAUGCCGGACAGGAACAGCAGCCUCAUCGGCCGGUGCUCGGAACGACAGCAGUGCCCGCUACAGCCUUCCUCAUCAGUAGGCCGACGAACCCUGUCUCGGCCACAGUUCCGCCGCCGAUUCAGCACACAUCUGUCGUGCUCGAUCAUGAUCAACAAUUUCAAGUGCCAGCCAUUUUUCUCCACCAUGACAAAUUUCAGCAACAGCAACAGCAAAAGAUUGAUCACCGCAGGUCUGCUGGCUUGGAAGAACUGAUAAGGGGCUGCACGUCUGCAUGUACAAAAGGAGACACUUCAAUUUCUCAGUCCCAAGAGACAGAAUGGCCUUACCCAUACUGGCCUUCUGACAACCAAGAUCAUCAUGGAUAGUAGCAAAAACAAGGCUGGUAAAUAGUGACCAUCAAUACCAGAUUAAAAAAAAAGCACUCCCAACAACGACCUCCUUCACUAGUAUAUGGUCUCUGCCUGCCUCCUUGUAUACAGAGAGUGUUGCUUUCUUGGAUAAUGCACUGCUGUUGGGAGAAGAACCAAGAUCUCAUAGAUUUUGGUCGUCAAUACCCAAAAAAGAAGGAUCCAGUAGUUUUACAGUGCAACACUCCAAGACAGAAGAGACAAAGGUGUGUUGAAAGAAAAGAAAAGAGGAAAACGAGGGGAAAGGCAUUAAUGAACCUUAGUCAAGUAGUAUGAUUUUAAGCGCAUCAUGGUUUAUCACUCCUGGUGUGCAUUUGAUAUUUUUCAAUUGUAAAAAGUAGUAUUGCUUGCAUGUACAUUAACCUCUCUUUUUUCUCCCGCUUACAUUAGGUGAGCAGCUAUUUUUCGUUGCUUAGUUUGUGCUCCAGAUUCUCAAGGGGAAAUGACUUAACACAAGUAUUCCUUUUUUUUUCCAUUCUAGAAGCGCAAAAAUUGUUAAGUUUUGCUUAUCGCUGUUACUUAACUAUAUGUAACGAGUUGAAAUUCACACACCUGAUUGUUUUCAAAGGAAUAAAUUUC